CAUUCACAUAUACACAACAAAUUAUAACAAAACAAAGCAAAGAAUGGGCACACUUUAUCAGGAAGAGUUGGAAACUCCUGCCAUACUCCAAGACCUCAAAAUCACCUACCAUGACUCCUCCCUUAUUUUCCCCUCAAAAGAAACCGAAAAAAGAAUCAUGUUCUUGUCCAACAUCGACAAAAUUCUAAAUUUUAACGUCCAGACAGUCCAUUUCUUCCCUCGCAACUCAAAAUUCCCACCAGAAGCGGUUACGCAGCGGCUGAAAGAUGCACUCAGCAGAGUUCUGGUGCACUAUGAUUUCUUGGCAGGAAGGUUGAGGACAAAUCCUGAGACGGGUCGAAUGGAGAUCAACUGUAAUGCAGGGGGCGCUGGAUUUGUGGUGGCUUCGACUGAAUUUGCAUUGGAUGAGAUCGGAGACUUGGUUUAUCCGAAUCCUGUGUUUCAAGAUUUUGCUGUGCAGAGUUUGAAAGGGAGUAAAGCUGAAGAUCAGCCUCUUUGCAUUGUCCAGGUAACUUCAUUCAAGUGUGGUGGCUUUGUUCUAGGCUUCUCAACCAACCAUUGCUUAUUUGAUGGCCUCAGUUUCAAACACUUCCUUGAAAACUUAGCUUCUCAAGCUUAUGCUGAUGACAAAUUACCCUUACCAAUCAUCCCAUGCAAUAAUCGUGCCCUACUAGCUGCUCGAUCACCGCCACGUGUCACCUUCCCCCACCCUGAACUCCUCCCCCUCCCCCUCCCUGCAGGAGAUGAGGCCUGCCCUUCUGUCUUCGACUGCUCCCCCCAAGACCUCGACGCGAAGGUCCUCCGCCUCAGCUCAGACGACAUUGCCCACCUCAAAAUCAUGGCGAAAAUGGGACCUAACAGAGGCACAUCAAAAAUCACAGGCUUUAAUGUUGUCACAGCUCACAUUUGGCGCUGCAAGGCCUUAUCAUGCAGUGAAACAGUUGAAAAUCCCAGCAGAAUCUCCACUGUGCUUUACGCGGUGGACAUCCGGUCAAGACUGAGGCCUCCACUCCCCAUAUCUUACUCCGGCAAUGCUGUUCUCAGUGCCUAUGCAAUGGCCUCAUGCACUGAUCUUGAAUCUGGGCCCUUCUCGAGGAUCGUAGAGAUGGUGACUGAAGGGGCAGCAAGGAUCACCGACGAGUACGCGUGGUCGGUGAUCGAUUGGGGAGAAACAUACAUGGGGUUUCCCAAUGGGGAGUUCCUGGUGUCCUCAUGGUGGAGAUUAGGGUUUCAAGAAGUGGAGUAUCCCUGGGGAAAGCCAAAGUACAGUUGCCCUAUUGUUUACCACAGGAAAGACAUUAUAUUGUUGUUUCCUGAUAUCAAUGAUGGGGUCAAUGCUGUGAAUGUUCUGGUGGCCUUGCCAAAAGAUGAGAUGAAGAAAUUUCAAGCCCUUUUCUACAAGUUUCUCAACUGAUCAUCCAUCAAAACUACAUAACAUAUUUAUGUGUGUGUUUCAAUACUGCUGUAAGUACUUAUCAUAUAUAGUAGUGAUAAUUAUACUGAGGGUGGAUCAUAUAUUGUGUAAUUAUGUAUGCAUGUGCAUGGUUGUUUGUGUGUGGACUGUGGUCUGAGAAUAUAUUGUAAGAGAGAGAAGUGGGCGACUUGCACCGUUGCACGUACUAUAAUAUGUAGUUGUAUCGAAUGAUAUAUAUGGGAUAUUCAUAAUAAAAUGUGAUAUAUAUGGACUUGUGAAGAAACAUGUAUGGCCUGUUUCGGUAUUAUGAGCUGGAUUUUUUUCUA